GCCCCAAAUCCCGCGGAACGUCGGGUCCGGGGGAGGCGCUGGGGCCUCGGGGACGGGAGUGGGGUCCGGGGCGCGAUCCGGCGCGGCCGAGAGGCGGCGCUGGUCCCAGGUCCAGGAGGGCCAGCGGACCUCGGGAGGGGGCGCCCGAUCCCGCGGCUCCGCUGCCGCUUCCCGGGAAGUUUCAAGUUUGAAAGUCCUGGCGGAGGAGCCGGGGCUUCCGGAACCUGCGCGGUGGAGAGGAGGGGCCGAGCGGCCGGAGCGGCGCCAUGGAGGAGGGGGCGCCGCAGCAGCCUGGGGCGGGCCAGCGGCCCCCAGAGGAUGAGAAAGAGGUGAUCCGCCGGGCCAUCCAGAAGGAGCUGAAAAUCAAGGAGGGUGUGGAGAACCUGAGGCGGGUGGCCACCGACCGCCGCCACUUGGGCCACGUGCAGCAGCUGCUGCGGUCCUCCAACCGCCGUCUGGAGCAGCUGCACGGGGAGCUGCGGGAGCUGCACGCCCGCAUCCUGCUGCCCAGCCCCUCGCCCGGCCUGGCUGAACCUGUGGCCUCAGGACCCCGGCCACCGGCAGAGCAGCCGAGGGCCGGGCUCCUGGAGGCCCUGCGGAGGCAGCUGCAGGUGGAACUGAAGGUGAAGCAGGGGGCCGAGAACAUGACCCGCACGUGCGCCAGUGGCACACCCAAGGAGAGGAAGCUCCUGGCAGCUGCCCAGCAGAUGCUGCGGGAUAGCCAGCUGAAGGUGGCCCUGCUGCGAAUGAAGAUCAGCAGCCUGGAGGCCAGUGGGUCCCCUGAACCAGGUCCUGAGCUGCUGGCAGAGGAGCUGAGGCAUCGACUACACAUCGAGGCUGCUGUGGCCGAGGGUGCCAAGAACGUGGUGAAGCUGCUGGGUAGCCGGCGCGCGCAGGACCGCAAGGCGCUGGCCGAGGCUCAGGCCCAGCUCCAGGAGUCCUCCCAGAAACUGGACCUCCUGCGGCUGGCCUUGGAGCAGCUGCUGGAGAGACUGCCCCCUGCCCACCCUCUGCGGGGCAGAGUGGCCCGGGAGCUGCGGACUGCUGUGUCUGGGAACCCCCAGCCUUCAGGGACCCUUGUGAAGCCCACUGCCAUGACAGGGACGCUGCAGGUCCGCCUCCUGGGCUGUGAGCAGCUGCUGUCAGCCGUGCCUGGACGUUCCCCGGCGGCUGCGCUGGCCGGGAGCGCCCCCCAGAGCUGGCUUCGGGGCAGGGCCAAGCAGCAGCGUGGUGGAGGCGAGCUGGCCAGCGAGGUGCUGGCCGUGCUGAAGGUGGACAAUCGUGUCGUGGGCCAGACGGGCUGGGGGCUGGUGGCCAAGCAGUCCUGGGACCAGACCUUUAUCGUCCCCCUGGAGCGGGCCCGAGAGCUGGAGAUUGGGGUGCACUGGCGGGACUGGCGGCAGCUGUGCGGCGUGGCCUUCCUGCGGCUGGAGGACUUCCUGGACAAUGCCUGUCACCAGCUGUCCCUCAGCCUGGUGCCACAGGGCCUGCUCUUUGCCCAGGUGACCUUCUGUGACCCCGUCAUUGAGAGGAGGCCCCGGCUGCAGAGGCAGAAACGCAUUUUCUCAAAACGCAGAGGUCAGGACUUUCUGAGGGCUUCCCAGAUGAACCUCAGCAUGGCAGCCUGGGGGCGCUUGGUCAUGAGCCUGCUGCCCCCCUGCAGCUCCCCAAGCACGAUCAGCCCCCCCAAAGUGUGCCUCCAGACCCCGGCCACACCCCAGGGGACCGCCACCCCUGCCUCACCCAGUAACUUCCCGCCCAAGAAGACCCCCUUGGGAGAAGAGAUGAGGCCCCCGCCCAAGCCCCCGCGCCUAUACCUGCCCCCGGAGCCAACCCCUGAGGAGAGGCCGCAAAUCAAACGCCCCCACGUGGAGCCCAGGACUCGACUUGGGCCAUCUCCAGCAGCCUCAGCUACCAGGAAGCCCCCUCGGCUUCAGGACUUCCGCUGCUUGGCUGUGCUGGGCCGGGGACACUUCGGGAAGGUCCUCCUGGUCCAGUUCAAGGGGACAGGAAAGUACUAUGCCGUCAAAGCGCUGAAGAAGCAGGAGGUGCUGAGCCGGGACGAGAUAGAGAGCCUGUACUGCGAGAAGCGGAUCCUGGAGGCUGUGGGCCGCACGGGCCACCCCUUCCUGCUCUGCCUCCUUGCCUGCUUCCAGACCUCCAGCCACGCCUGUUUCGUGACUGAGUUUGCGCCCGGUGGUGACCUCAUGAUGCAGAUCCAUGAGGACGUCUUCCCUGAGCCCCAGGCCCGGUUCUACCUGGCCUGUGUGGUCCUGGGGCUACAGUUCUUACACGAGAAGAAGAUCAUUUACAGGGACCUUAAGUUGGAUAAUCUUCUGCUGGAUGCCCAGGGUUUCCUGAAGAUCGCGGACUUUGGGCUAUGUAAGGAAGGGAUCGGCUUUGGGGACCGGACGAGCACCUUCUGCGGCACCCCAGAGUUCCUGGCCCCUGAGGUGCUGACCCAGGAGGCCUACACGUGGGCCGUGGACUGGUGGGGGCUGGGUGUGCUGCUCUACGAGAUGCUGGUGGGCGAGUGCCCAUUCCCUGGGGACACUGAGGAGGAGGUGUUUGACUGCAUUGUCAACGUGGACGCCCCAUAUCCCCGUUUCCUGUCCGUGCAAGGGCUCGAGCUCAUUCAGAAGCUCCUCCAGAAGUGCCCGGAGAAGCGCCUGGGGGCGGGUGAGCAGGAUGCUGAGGAGAUCAAGACACAACCUUUCUUCAGGACCACCGACUGGCAGGCCCUGCUCGCCCGCACCGUCCGGCCCCCCUUCGUGCCCACCCUCUGUGGCCCUACAGACCUGCGCUACUUUGAGGGCGAGUUCACGGGCUUGCCGCCUGCCCUGACCCCGCCAGACCCUUGCAGCCCCCUCACCGCCCGCCAGCAGGCUGCCUUCCGGGACUUCGACUUCGUGUCAGAGCGAUUCCUGGAGCCCUGAGGGCCUCCGGGCAUGUCUGCCCCUGUCCCCCAGACUGAGAGACUCUGCUCACCCACCCGUCUGCCCACCAAUGCGCCCUGCCCUGGAAGCCCAGGCCUUGCCUGGUAUUUAUGAGCCCUGGGGACUUCAGGUGG